AUGGGCCCUGUGGGGAGCCUGGCAGGCUGUGCUCUGCCAAGAGCAGUGGAGCAGUUUCACUACCUGCUGUGGCCGGACCACGGGGUGCCCAGAAACCCGUCGCAGCUGCUGUGCUUGGUGGAGGUGGUGAACAAGAGGGUGCUGGAAGCACCUGCAGGCCCCGUGCUGGUGCACUGCAGCGCCGGCAUCGGGCGCACAGGCACCUUCAUCGCCCUGGACUUCCUCUUGAAGAUGGGCAAGGCUGAGGGCAAGGUGGAUGUGUUCCGCUGUGUGCAGCAGCUGCGGGAGCAGCGGGUCAGCGUGGUGCAGACCAAGGAGCAGUACAGCUUCCUGUACGAGGCGCUGCUGGAAGGUUUGCUCUCCGGCAGCACCAGGGUGCCCGUGGAGAGCAUCGCCAGCUGCGUGCACUCCCUGCGGGACCAUGAGACCUCAGGCUGCAACAGCGCCCUGGAGAAGGAGUUCAAGGCCCUGCAGAGAUUUUCUGAGUUGUUCCAGCUCCUGCCAUGCAGAGAAGCAGAGAAACCCAGAAACCAAGCCAAGAACCGCAAGCCAGGGAUCUUGCCAGCGGACUCCUGCCGGCCCAUCCUGAUGUCCUCGGUGAACGCAGACGGCUCGCCAGCUUACAUCAACGCCGUCUUUGCCAGCACAUACACCGAGGAGGAGAGAAUCAUCAUCACGCAGCUGCCUUUCCCCACCACGCUGGUGGAUUUCUGGGCUCUGGUCUGGGAUUACACUUGCACAUCAGUAGUUGUGCUGAAUGAACUCCAGGAGCUGGACAAGACGUACGUGCAGUUCUGGCCCAGCCAGGGUGAAGAUGACUACGGCCGCUUCCAUGUGCAGCUGAUCUCAGAGGAGCCUGGGGCUGGCUUCACAACCUGGACACUUGUCCUCAGCAACAGGCAGCAGCCCAAGAAAUCUGCAGUGGAAAUCCAGUUACAUCAACUGACAGACUGGCCCAUGCAGCAGCACCUUCCCCCCAACCCUGACACCAUCAUCAGCCUGCUGGGGAAGGUGGAGACACACCAUCGGCAGAGCCAGGAUGGACACAUCCUUGUCACCUGCUGGGAUGGAGCCAGCCGGAGUGGGAUCUUCUGUGCUGCAGGUUUCCUGUGUGAGCAGAUCCAAAGCGAGGGCAUGGUGGAUGUGUCCCAGGCUGUGAGGAUGCUGAAGAGGAGGCGCAGACAGUUCAUUAAAAAUGUGGUUUGA